GGCUGCCGGGUGUGGAUCGCUGCCUUUUUAUCUCUCCUGCCGGGGCGGCCGGCUGGCUAGCUGGCUGGUUCAUCUCCGCAAUGGCGGUGACUAGGAAGAUCGCAAUUCGCCUGGCGUAUUCGGUGGUUGGGAUGAUCUCGGGGCUGUCGGCCUUCCUCGCCUGGAACCUGGCGCCGAGACUGCGGCAGCCUUACACCGCCUCCGCCGGCGGACUCUCGGGUGUCUUGGCACUCUGGGCCCUAAUCACACAUGUGAUGUAUAUGCAGGACUAUUGGAGAACCUGGUUGAAAGGUCUGAGGUUCUUCAUGUGUGUUGGCAUUUUCUUUGGCAUACUCUCCGUGGUGGGAUUGUGCACAUUCCUGGCCCUGGCCAUCAUAAAGAAACAAUCCUUUACAGAUCCACACAGCUACUAUCUAUCCUGCAUCUGGAGCAUCCUUUCCCUCAAGUGGGCUUUUCUCCUUGGCUUAUACUCUCAUCGGUACAAGAAGGAGUUUGCCGACAUCAGCAUUCUGAGUGACUUCUGAGACCCUGAAUGUCCAUUCCAUCAAAGAAAGACCUUGGAGGGUCAAGGAAGGCUAUUGUUCAUCUGAGUGACAGUUGGAGGCAAGGGGUUGGCCAAGACAGCUGAAAGAAACAGACAGCAGGUGCCUGACCUGCUUCUCCAUUUUGUUUGCUGGUCCCAUUAGGAACGCUUCCUAAUUGCUUUUGUCCAGUCAUUCGCCCUUUUGACUAGUUCUAUUUGUCCGUGUGUGCUCGUCAUUCACAAAGACUUCGUUGUUUGAAUGGAUGAUUCAAGAUGUCUAGCAGGACCUGCCUGAGUUUUUGUCCCAAGUCUCUAAUGCCUAUGACCUAUGGCAUUUUUCAUAGUUUUUUUUCUUCUCUUUAAUGAGAAGCCAACUCCCCCUUUUGGGACAGGAGCAGGGGCAAAGUCUAUGGUCCAGUCCUAUAAAGCAAGGAUUGAUUUGUACUCCUUUCAUACAGAUGUAUUUUUAUAGCUCAAGGUAUGAAUCCAUUUUAAAACAACUUUUUUUAAAAGCAAGCUUUCCUCCCUUUCCUGGUGCUUUGGUGAGGAGGCUUACAAUUGUGCUGCUGGUGUUGGUCAUCACAGUUUAGGGACAAAAAAUGUAUGUUGUGAACAAAACUGUACUCUGCACCUUUUUUUCCUUCUUACCAGUCUUAAAUAGUUAAAAUGGAUGUUUCUUUAAUUUGAGUUAGGCAAAGCUAAAUACUGUUGCAAAGGCAUCUGCAGUUUGGAAGAGUGACCACGUGGGUUAAGAAGGAAAACAACAUUCCUAUCCAAACAGUUUCCCUUCCCUCAUAGCUAUCUGGUCAACAUAGGGAGGGACCUGGAGACUUCCAGAUGUUGUUAAUUACAGCUGCCAAUAGCCUCAGCCAGUGGUGAUAAUUACCACAACCUGGGCUUCAGAAAUAUCUGAAGGGCCCGAGUUCCUUAUCCAUAACGCCAUUAUCUACACAGCACUUCGCUUUUUUGUGGGUGUGUCUAAAACUGAUAUUUUAUAAAGUGAGCAACUGAAAUAUUUUGGGGAAGCCAGUUCAUACUUUGGAGCCAACUGUGUUGUCUGUUUCUUGCAGACUGGGACAAAAAUCGAUAAUUGCCACACUUAUCUUAUUCUCUGAUUUUUCUUCUGGUUGAAUAGGAAUUCAGUGGUGAAUGAGUUACGCAUGGACUGUUGGCCAAUGAAUUUGGGGUGGUCAUCCCUUCAGUGGAUUCACUUUUUGCAACAUUCCCGGCAUAAACUAAUUUACAAAAAGA